UUAAGAUUAAGAAAAGUCCAAUGCUAACCCUAAAAAAUUUACCUAUAAAAGAAGCACUCAUGGGUUACAUUUCUUACACAUUCCCAACACAACAAUAUUAAUAAUAAUAUUACCCAUAAAAGGAGCUCUAUAUUUCUUUUAUUCUCCUCUUUUAACAAAAUCUUUAAUCUUAUAUGGAGAGAGCAAGGUCGUUCUUACAAUCUCCAACUUAUGGAAAUGUGAUAACUGUCCUUAGCAUCGAUGGUGGUGGGAUUAGGGGUAUUAUUCCUGGUACCAUUCUCAGUUAUCUAGAAUCUGAGCUCCAGAGACUAGAUGGUGAGGAAGCAAGAAUAGCUGAUUACUUUGAUGUGAUAGCUGGAACUAGUACAGGUGGACUUGUUACAGCCAUGCUUACUGCUCCUGAUGAAAACAAUCGACCUAUUUUUGCUGCCAAGGAUAUCAACCAUUUCUACCUUCAACACUGUCCUAAGAUUUUUCCUCAAGAAAGCAGAAGUAUUCCGGUACUAGGUGGGGCGGCGGAGACAAUUCGAGCUCUCACAGGUCCAAAAUAUGAUGGCAAAUAUUUACGUGAGUUACUUAAGGAAAAAUUAGGAGAUCUGAGGUUACACAACACAUUGACUAACGUUGUUAUUCCCACAUUUGACAUCAAGCGUCUCCAACCAACUAUCUUCUCUAGCUAUGAGGCGAAAAAGAAUCCUAGCUUAGAUGCGUUGCUGUCUGAUAUAUGCACUGGAACUUCGGCUGCACCGACCUAUCUUCCGGCUCAUAAUUUUGAAACCACGCAUUCAAACGGCCAAGUCAGAGAGUUUAACCUCAUUGAUGGUGGUGUCGUCGCUAACAAUCCGGCUUUGGUGGCUAUAAAUGAAGUGUCAAAGGAAAUCCACCAAGGAAACCCUGAGUUUUUCCCCAUUAAGCCAACGGAGUACGGAAGAUUUUUGGUUGUGUCAAUAGGAACUGGUGCCCUAAAAGCUAAUGACAAGUACAAUGCAAGUGAAGCUGCUAAGUGGGGUGUUGUGGGAUGGCUGACCAGCCACCAUUCUACUCCUCUUGUCGACAUGUUCACUCAAGCAAGUAGUGAUUUGGUCGAUUUUUUCCUUUCCACUGUAUUUCAGGCUCUUCACUCUGAGAAGAAUUAUCUUCGAAUCCAAGAUGAUACACUAAGUGAUACGGUGGCUUCUAUGGAUGUUGCCACAAAUGAAAACAUGAAUAAUCUAAUCAAAGUUGGAGAGGCUUUGUUGAAAAAACCUGUUACUACGGUAAAUUUAGAGACAGGUUCUUGUGAGCCUUGUUAUCAUGGUGUUACAAAUGAAGAAGCUAUCAGAAGGGUUGCCGGAAUACUUUCGAGGGAGAGGAAGGCCCGUGAGGCAAGAUCACCAAUGGGAAAAGUUGCCACCACAAUUCCCAAAUAAUUAAUAUGCUCAUCAACAAUUAAUUAUAUAGUCCAAUAUUAAUUAUAGUUGAUCUAUAUGUGUUCUCAUUGAUUACUAUUCUUUAUGUAAUAUUUAUUGUUUGAAAUUAUAAAUGAAUAAACGUAUGCAUUAAUAUUAUUCA